AUGGCGGUCCCUGAAACAAUGCGAGCGGUGAAGGUCCGCGCGGUGGAUGAUGUCUUCGUGGACGAGACGGCCCCCGUGCCCUCACUUCGCCCGGGGUACUUUCUGAUCCGGGUGCACAGUGUGGCGCUCAAUCCCACCGACUGGAAAGGUGUGCGAGCCUACAGACAGGAUGUGCCGCAUACCAUUGGCUGUGAUGUGGCGGGAAUUGUCGUCGCCGGUGGGGAGCAAACUCACUGGAACUAUCGGCCGGGGGACCGCGUGGCAGGACUCUGCUACGGCUUACGGCAAGGAGAUCCCACAAACGGUGCUUUUGGCGAGUAUGCACUGCUGAAAGGAUGUCUUUCCCUGCCGGUGCCGGACCAUGUGAGCGACGCGGAAGCCGCCACCAUUCCUGUGGGCAUCAACACGAUCGGUCAAGCCUUGUAUCAGACAAUGAAGCUCCCUCUCCCCGUAGAGAAGGAUACCCUUAGCAGACCGACCGGACUCGCCAUCCUUAUCAAUGGGGGCGCCACGGCGACAGGCAUGUUCGCUGUACAGUUUGCGCGUUUGUCCGGCUGCUAUGUUCUGACGACGUGCUCGCCGCGUAAUUUCUCGCUGAUGAAGACCUUGGGGGCCCAUGAGGUCUUUGACUACCAUGAUGGCAGGGCUUGCAGCGCGACCAUCCGAGCGGCCACCCAGAACGACCUCCGCUUCGCAUUCGACUGUGUAGCCGAGGGCGACAGUCUACAAAUCUGCGCCGACGCACUCACGACCAGACCCGGUGAGGCAGUUUAUACGGCCACAUUGCCAGUGGCAGGAAAAUUCCCUCGGCGCGACGUCCAGCACGGCUGGACGUCGGGGUACACAGCGUUUGGCGAGAGCUACCAUUUCCUGGGGGAACCACAGCCUGCCAAGCCAGAUCAUCUGGAAUUCGCCCGGGGCUUUUGGAAAAUGACCGCGGGGCUACUGCGAGAGCGUCGGCUGCAGUUGGAUCUCCUGGUCCACCAGCGAGACGGGGGCUUGGCCGGGAUCCCGGAAGGGUUGGCAGAAUUGCAAGCUGGCCAGGUAUCUGCCGGAAAGCUUGUCUACACCAUUGAGGAUCAUUCGUAG